GGACAGAGCGUGUCAGGAGAUGGAAGAGCCCCGUUGUUAUCUAAAUUUUGCAGCCACCUGGCUUUAUAAGAUGACCGUUUGUCUGCUGGCCUGGAUUUGUAAAUGGUUGUGCUGCUGGACUUUUUUUUUUUUUUUUUUUUAACCUUAUCCCCCCACCCCCGGAGUCGGAGAUCAAGAUUGUCGCUGAUUGUUUGUUUCCUUAAGUAAUGAAGGCAGAAGGGGCUGAGGGAGAAAAAGUGAAUGUGAGAAAGAGGGAUGUGAAGGAGAGGGAAUUGUUUGUGAGUGCCGCCCCCCCCCCCUUCCAGUAGCUUGAGUGGGAUCCCAAAGCAGGAGACUGUCUGGAUUUCAGGUUGCUUCAUCAACUUGGGGCUUCUUUGCUUCCUUCUGAGCAUCCGUGCAGAACCAAAAAGAUGAAGUAUCACAGAAAUAUGAGAGGAGAUUGAAGAAUGCAUUGAUUUCUUGCUUGCUUUCUCACCCUUGCCUUUGUGAUGCAGAAUACAGGUUGCUGCUUGUAUGUGCGCAUGUAUGAUGGAUGGCUUAUUUCCUGGAAGAUUGUUCAUGUACACUAGGCAGGUUGUGUAUGUGGGCACACAUAUGUGUGCAUGCAGUUCUUUUAUCAGCCAGCAAGAUGCUUUUGCUUCAACCCCUACCCCACCCAAUUAGCUACCAUGUGCCAGCUGAAAGAGAGAGAGAGAGAGAGAGAGAGAGAGAGAGAGACUUGUGACCAGGUUGUGUGUUCACUUAGGCUCAUGACAGUGUUUUGAAGAGAGAAGCUUUGAGGUGAGGGGUCCUGUCUCUGAGAUUAGGGGAGAGAUGAGUGAUAUUAGGGUGCAGGCUGACCCAACCAUAGAGGCAAAGCAGGCAACUCUUUGGAAUGCCAAAAUUUCAGGGGUGCUGUGUCAGCUCUGUGAAUUUAUUGGGGAGAAAGACUGUCUGCCCUUUUGGGGGAGGUGCACAGAGACAGCUUAGCAGCUUGCUGGUUCAGUUAUCCCCAAAUCGAGAGGCCUCCUUGAUCCCCAGAUUUAGAGGCUUCUGAUCUUCCCUGGCUGCCUAGGACAGAGACUCUAUAUCAUGUAAAGCGGAGGAAAUAAAAGAAGCACAGACAUUAAAAUUGAAAUGGGGUGAUAAUAUAUUUUUAUAUUCUGUUGCUAUGCCACCCAGCAUUCAAUAAGACAGAAGAGGGGGGAUUUUAAUUCACUUAAAGCAGCAAACAACCUUGAGUCAGACCUGGUUGAGGUUCAAAAAAGAAAAGAAAAGAAAAGAAAAAAGAGAAGUUUGCUUAAUCUGGUUUGAGGAAACAACAAUCUGGUAAAGUGGCAAGAUUUGAUUCCCCCCCCCCCUUCGCUCCUUAUCCUUGACAGAACAACAGAAGAAAUGAGAUGCUGCUGUUAACUUCUUUGUGUGUGUGAUCUGUCCUUGGAAGCAGGGGUGCCUGGAUCAAAAAAGUUUUCUGUUUUCUCAUGCUCAUGCACACACAACUUGAUUACACUUAUUUACUAUGAAUGUAUUUAGUCUUUGGAAUUCUUUGCCACUGGGGAGGUCGUGUUGAUUAGCCAUAAUAGCCAGCAGUGCAGCCUCUUAAAUUCAGACUCAGAGUCAGGUAUCUACUGCAACCAGAAGCUGUGGACUGAGGAAGAACACUCCCAAGAGACGUUAUUGGAGGUGGGGGUGCACCAUCAUUCCUGCACCCUCUGAAAACCUGGCGUCGGGCGAAUUGCAGGAGGGAAGAAACCUGGACUCUGUUCCCUUUGUUUAAAGUCACCAGAUCCUGAGAGGACUAGCGGCCACAUGAUCUCAGCAGAUGAUGCAGAAUAUCCACGGGAAUACCGGACCCUGGGCAAUGGCACACGCCGCUUUUCCAACGUAGGACUGGUGCACACCUCAGAACGCCGGCACACUGUCAUCGCCGCCCAGAGUCUGGAAGCCCUCACAGGGCUUCAGAAGUCUGAGAUGGAACGAAAGCGGGAUGCCUUCAUGGACCACCUGAAGAGCAAAUAUCCCCAGCAUGCCCUGGCUAUCCGAGGGCAGCAGGAGAGGAUCCGGGACCAGCAACCCAACUACUGGAGCUUUAAGACCCGAAGUUCUCGGCACUCGCAGGGUUCCCAGCCCGGCCUUGCCGAUCAAGCCAAACUCUCUUUUGCUUCAGCUGAAUCUCUGGAAACCAUGUCUGAAGCUGAGCUGCCCAUCGGGUUCAACAGGAUGAACCGCUUCCGGCAAAGCUUGCCUUUGUCCCGUUCCACAAGUCAAACAAAGCUUCGGUCACCAGGGAUCCUUUUUCUGCAGUUUGGGGAUGAAACAAGGCGGGUUCACAUCACCCACGAAAUUAGCAGCAUGGAUACUCUGCAUGCCCUCAUCGUUCACAUGUUUCCUCAGAAGCUGACGAUGGGCAUGCUCAAGUCCCCCAACACUGCCAUCCUGAUCAAGGAUGAAUCUCGUAAUGUCUUCUAUGAACUGGAGGAUGUCAGGGAUAUCCAGGACAGAAGCAUUAUUAAAAUCUACCGGAAAGAGCCCCUCUAUGCCUCCUUCCCCGGAUCCCACAUCACUAAUGGUGACCUACGGAGAGAAAUGGUCUACACUUCCAGGGAAUCCUCUCCCACACGGCGCCUCAACAGUAUGUCGCCUGCCGCCCACCUCACCUCUGGCUCCCCUCCCCCAGUGCUCCAGUCGUCCUCGCCUUCCCGUUCCCGCAUGUCUUACAGUGGUGGGCGCCCACCUUCCUACGCCGGCAGCCCCGUGCACCAUGGGGAGCGCCUCUCCAACCUGCCUCCGGCCCAGGGUGUGUCACCAAGCCCAAGCGCCAUCUUGGAACGCCGAGAUGUCAAGCCGGAUGAGGACAUGGCUGGGAAGAACAUGAUGCUGAUGAAGAACGAGGGCCUGUAUGCUGACCCGUACAGUAUGGUGCAUGAGGGACGCUUGAGCAUUACAUCCACACAGUCAUUAGCUGGGAUGGGGGACCCGUUUGCCUACCCUGGGGGGCUCUAUAAGCGGGGCUCAGUCCGUUCACUCAGCACCUAUUCAGCAGCCGCCCUGCAAUCAGAACUGGAAGACAGCUUAUAUAAGCCCAAUGCCCAGAUCUAUAGUGAUACCUAUGGUCCUGGGCUUGGCUUCCGCUUACCUCCAUCAUCCCCUCAAAAAAUUGCUGAUGGCCGGCUGGUAGACGUUCAACAGAGCCAAAGCCCCCACAGCCCUUACUCGGGACCUCCGAGUCGGUCCUCGCCAGUUCGCCAGUCCUUCCGCAAGGACUCUUGCUCCUCAGUUUUCAUUGAGAGUCCCGUCAACAAGCCACGGAAUCCCAGCUCUUCAGGGCCUCCAGAGCUCUUCCCUGGGCCUGGGGAACGCCCCCUUUCCGGGUUCAGCUCACCUGUGCCUGCCAAGGAUACAGAAACAAGGGACCGUAUGGAAGCCAUGGAGAAACAGAUUGCCAGCCUCACAGGAUUGGUGCAAAGUGCAUUGAUGAGGAGCUCUGACACGGAAAAUCCCAGUGAGAGGACAGAAGGGACCAAUGGAGGAACACCUCCAUCCGCACCCCCCAGCAGAAGUGGCGUAGGGACCCCAGUCCCUGGCCCUCCACCCCCUUCUGCAACCAGUACACCAGCUGGGCAGCCCACUGCCAUCACCCGCCUGCACAUGCAGCUGCAUCUUCAUGACUUGCAACAGAAUGCUAGUGACCUCCGCAACCAACUACAGCAACUCAAGAAGCUGCAGCUGCAAAAUCAGGAGACAGUAAAGACCAUGCUGCGGCGAACGGAGACAGAGAUCAGUGUGCGGGUGACGGACACCAUGCGCAAACAGGAGGAUCCUUUGCAGCGGCAGCGCACUCUGGUGGAAGAGGAGCGUCUCCGUUACCUCAACGAGGAAGAGCUCAUCACCCAGCAGCUGAACGACAUGGAGAAAUCGGUGGAGAAGAUCCAGAAAGACUUGACCCACAAUCACCGCCUUAUCUCCACACAAGAACUGGAGGAGAAAUUUCUGGUGCUCAAGCAGCUGGGAGAUACGUUGAUGGAGCUGAAGGCUAAUUUUCCCAGCCUGCAGAGCAAAAUGCGUGUGGUCCUCCGUGUAGAGGUGGAGGCCGUGAAGUUCCUCAAGGAAGAGCCGCACCGGCUGGACGGCCUAUUCAAGCGGUGCAAGGCAGUGACCGACACGCUGGCGCAAGUCCGCAAGCAAGUAGACGAGGGUGUCUGGGACUCAUCCAGUAACCUUCUCAGUCAGUCUCCAAAGAAGGUAGAGCCGGAAAGUGACUUCAGCAGGACCUUGGAUUUCGAGGUACCCAUGAGCCCGCCGAUGAACUUCCACGAUCUCACUGCUUCCACCGAUAGCCUGGGCACCACCAGCUAUGGGCAAAGUCAAGGGCAGAGCCACCUGUCCAAGGGCAGCAACCCAUCCCGGGGUUCAGAGAUGGUUGCUGUCAAGACCCAGACAGGCUCUGAUACCCCCAGUAAGAGGAGCGUGGACCGAUCAGUGUCUGUGGAGGCAGCAGAACGAGAUUGGGAGGAGAAGCGGGCAGCCUUGACCCAGUACAGCGCUAAGGAUAUUAAUCGCCUCCUGGAAGAGACCCAAGCCGAGCUGAUGAAGGCAAUCCCUGACUUGGAGUUUGCAGCCAAGCACAAGCAGACCUCUAGCAGUGGGAGUGCUGCCUCCACCCCUGAGCACAAGCCUGCCAAGCCCCAGCAUGCACAGAAGACCACGGCCAAAAUGGACCCCAAUGGUCGCCGGGGAUCAGAUGAGUUGACGGUGCCCAGAUAUCGGACUGAGAAGCCCUCCAAGUCUCCUCCCCCACCUCCACCUCGGCGGAGUUUCCCAUCCUCCCAUGGUCUCACGACCACUCGCACAGGGGAGGUGAUUGUCACCAGCAAAAAGGAAUCCAGUUUCAUGAAGAAAGCUGAAUCAGAAGAGCUGGAGACCCAGAAGCCACAGGUGAAACUGAGGAGGACUGUGUCAGAGGUCGCCAGGCCUGCCUCCACACCCCCCAUCAUUGCCUCUGCCAUAAAAGAUGACGAUGACGAAGACAGGAUCAUUGCCGAACUUGAGGUGUUUCAGAGAAGCUCUUCCUUUAUUCCUAAAUUCCGUUGUGACCAGCUUGUGCCAACCGCAGACAUGUGGCCCAAUGGAGCCACUUUAGCAGCCGAAGGAUGGAAGGCUGCUUUUCCUGCUGGCCACUGCAUAGCUGGAGCAAGCUUCAGUGCACACAGUCUUCCCUACUCCCAUCUACCAGAAUCUCAGGAGUCAGGCCUCCCAAUGCUUCCAUCUGGUAGCAUUUCCCACCUUCCUCACAUUGUCCUUUCUGAGUGGGCAUCCAGCCUGCCAUCUCUUCAAUCUCGGCCAGAGUCAGGCUUUGAGAGAAACAGUCUCCGGACAGGCAAUCACAAGUGCACUGGAAGACAGUCAGGAGGCACUGGGCAGUUGACUAUGGUGGAAAUAAAUGGGGAUUCCAAGAGCCCAGAGGUCUUGUUGGAGAAGCUGAGCAAGAAUGAAAGGAAGCUGAAAUCUUUAGCUUGUGCAUCAUUUGCUUUGUUCAAAAAGGCCUCAACAACAUACUCUCAUUCUCUGCCAGCAUCAGCGAGGUCUUGGGGAUCUUGGCCAGACCCUGGAAUUGGACUUUCGUAUGAUGUUGAUCAUGCAACAAGAGGAGACACAGUGGCACUUGAAGCAGUAAGAACCUCACAGAAGGAUAAAGUUGCUCAACUGGAAGGAGAAGACAUGAUGAUUUUGAACGUUGGGGACAAGCAAACAAGAAGUCAACAGAUUUCUUUUGAAAGAACCAGGGUUCAUGCAGCAGAGAUCCAAGAAGCUGUCAUGCUGUCAGAGGUCACAUUUGAUUAUAAGACAGCUUCUUCACCCAUGGAGGGCGGUGAAAUGCUCACAGGGUUGGAUAGCAAAAAUCACAUUGCAGAACCAAAAAAUGAAGACGCGAAUCAGGGCAAAGAAGAGGUAGCAUCACCUUUGAAAGCCCCUGAUGCUGCUUGCAGACAGAUACAGAGAGAUCAUCUGUCAGAUGGUUCAAGAUCUUGUUUACCAUUGCAAAAUCCAAAAUUCCCGGUGAACAAAGAAGCCAUUGAGCAUGACAUAGUAUCAAGGCCAAAGCCUGUGGAUCUUGUUCAGGAGAAGAUGAAGACAGAGAUAGGAAGGGAAUUAGUAACAGAUCUAGAAGAGAAACAAAGAGAAUGUGCUUCUCUUGAUGCUAUGACCUUAAGCAGCCGAGAGAUUUGCAAAGACACUUACCAAAGGCUGGACCACCUGGAAGAGACCAUCAGAGACUUGCAAAUGACUAUCACUGAAAUUAGCCACCAGGCUUCUACCGAGCUUAUGUUCCCUCAAAAUCUUCUAGAGGGCAAAAAGGGCAAAAUAAAGAUGUACACAGGAAUGUCCGGAUGCAACCAUGAUGAUUUCAGGAAUGUGGCAUCAGGCUGCCAGGAUUUAAAAUGGUAUGAAGCAAGCCACAGCAUCCCCAAGUCUUCUGCAAGCAGCUCCAAGCCACCUUUGCUGCCCAAACCUCAGUUCCUGCUCAACAGUGAUCCGCAGAGUGGUGGCGGUGUCUCGAUCCCAGCCAUGAAGAUGGUCAAUCCAGCAUCACGGCUGAAGCAAACCCAGCAGGGCAGCCCAGAUAAAAGCAAACACAUAAAGCAACGCAUGGAAUACAUGCGCAUCCAGGGACAACAGCAGUGUGCCCAGUGGCUGGCCAGCUUUCUGAGGCCACAAAGCAAGGCCGCUAGAUCAACCAAGGAUCCUAGCACGAUGAAUGAGACUUCAAGCCCAGUCUCAGAAAAACCUACUUCGGGCAGGACCUCCAUCCCUGUACUGACUUCCUUUGGCUCACGGAACUCCUCCAUUUCAUUCUAAAAGCUCCUUUGGCAACUACUCAUUUGGCUGUUUUCCUACCUACCACUACUGGGGGACUGGGGAUGGUUUGCAUCUCUAUGCUUUUCUCUAUCCCAGUUUUUAGUGAGGCACCUAGGAAAGUCCCUCCCCUUAGGCAUUUUAAAGUUCCUUCAGAAUGGCCAAACUGCGGUCUCACUUCCUCCUCCAAAAUGGCUGACCUACAGACUCGCUUCCUGCUCCCCAAAGGGUCACCUUCUGUAUCACAAUGUGCUCCAUAACAACAAAUUUUACUAUCUUACAUCCUUCUCCAAAUUGACCCAUUUUCCUAAUACAAUUGACCCAUUUUCCUAAUACAAUACAAAAUAUACAAUUUCCUCUUGUUUUCUGUUUCUCCUCAGAGCUCCCUCUCCCCCAGUCCUGCUCCCCACCUUUCCUAGCCUCACCUUUUUAUGCUGGCAGUUUAUGUCUAUGUAUAAAAAGCACUAAGAACUUUUGCCAGCUUCACCGACUCCAAGAAAGGGUGUCAUUCGGCAGUGCUAGAUUUUGUUGUGCCCUGUUUGGGGGGGGGGGGCAGGGAACAGAAACACUGCAGAAACAUGUAGAGAGAAGAGGGGGAGAAAUCUGUUUCUGAAGUUGCCUCAGAACCCCAUGGACAUUUGCUGCUAUUCAUCUAUCCUUACAUUUAAAAAAUAGUUGUAAUUAAUUGAUUAACGUGGAUCCUUGUUAGUGUGUGCCGAGUCAUUCAUGAAUCAAUGGUGUUUUGACUUUGGGGCAUGUGUGUGCUUCCAUUUUGUGGGUUUCUGUUGUUUACUUGCUGUAUCAAAGACUGUUUUGGAGGGGGGGGUAAUGAGUGUGUGAGUGUGUGUGUGUGUCGCAAAUUGAUAUGUUUGUUUUUUCUUCCAAGUCAUUGGAUUAAAUUUGGAAGAAGAGCAAAGACUUGAAAAAGCACUGAAUUUUAAGCCUGUAAUAAUGACCCCCCCAAAAUCUUCUCAACAAUGCAGAAGCCAACCAACUGUUAUGAAAGGGGGAAGGAGACUGUUAUAAGAAGGGGCACCGUCAAAGCAGGUAGCAGAAGGUAUUACUGAAUAAUGUUGGGAACAGGGUUUGAAAACAGAAAGUCAUGCUUCCUAUGAAAUUAAUCUGCAUAAUGUAGCACUUUAAAUGUCCAUUCUGUGACCAUGUAUGUGAGAGAAGGAGCCCUAAAAAAUGUGUGGAAUACCAAAUAGGAGGCAGAAGUCAGGGAGACGGGGGCGUCAGGGUAUCAAAGAAGCUGGGUGAGAAAGAAAAGGGAGGGUCUUAGGAAAAUUUGCAGAGGACUGAUGAAGGUGAAUAAUGUUCUGCCAUUUCGAAGGAUUAGCUUUGGUGGGAGGCAAGAGGCCCAGAUCAUUUACAAGUGACUUGUCUUUGUUUAAUAACUACCAAGUAAGGUUCCUUCAUAAAUGGAAAGUGGAACCUCAUGUGGGGGGGAAAGAAAUUCUGGCGUAGAAGAUAGUUGCAGGGGUGGAGUUAGCAUCACUUUUCAUUAGCAGAUAUGCCAUCUCUUACCUAUGGAGGCCUCAAAGCUAGGAGAAGAGAAUGGCAGACAAUGGAGUCCAGCAGAUAAUUGUUGGCAAAAGUCCUUUGUUUCAUUACUAAGGGCACAAUCCAAUAGGAAAGAUUACUGUGCAAAGCUCACUGAAAUGAAUGGGCUUCCCAUUCAUUCCAAUGGGGCUUGCACAGGAAGAUCUCUCACUGGAUUAUGCUCCAAGAGAAGACCACAUCUCGUAGUACUGGGUUCUGAAAAGUUUAGCCCAACCUACUGGAUCUUUUCCAUUAACGCAGGGACUGGCUAAUCUAAAAUUACCACCACUGCUCUUGAAUCUUUCACAUUGGACUUUAAUAGAAAAGUUAGCUUCAGGUAACCUUUAGCCCGAAAGAUCCAGUGGGUUAGGGAUACAUUUCUUUAUUACCCUGGGGAAAUAAAAGCUUUCCUAAAAGAUUCUGUAUGGCACAAGUGUUGCAGAAAGCACAACAGGGAACUGAAAUAGAACAACAGGGAAGAUAUGUUAGGCAUGCGGGGGCGGGGGGAGAGUGUUGUAUAUCAACAGCUGAGUCGCAGGCACCAAAGGAUGUCUUCAAAAAAAAAAAAAAAAAGGUACAGUGUGCAGGUUUGUGUCAGAAUGGCAGGCCAGGUUGAGUUGGCGAGUGAUCCUUAAAAAGGAAGCUAAGGACACAAGCUGGGGGUAGGUCAGCCUUCAUAAACACCAUUCAGAUCUACAGGAGCUUCACAAGAGCACAUUCAUGUUCUUGCACAACUUCGUUCCUCUUAGUGGAGUUUGUACAGGAGAACUUCCCCUGGAACUGUGCCCAAAAAUGUUAAGCACAGACAGUAAAUUAAGAAAUAGCUUACAUGGCAUGUGUGCCCAUGCGUGUCUUCAUGUAUAGCAAAAUAGUGCGCUCCUGUAAAAAAAGAAAUGAAAAGUCUGUAUGCAACAUAAUACAAGAUGUAAUCACUCCUGUUUUGUUGACUAGCUUGUCUUUUAAAAUUUUAUUAUCCUUGGACUUUUUUGGUGGGGGUGGAAAUAUGGGAGUUUGUUUUUUUAUGGUUUUUCUUCUUUUUUUUGUAAAUCAAUCAUUUUUGUAUAAAAAUUUUAAGAGAGCCUUUUUUUGAAUAACAACGUUUUAAAAAAAAGUAAAAAAAAAAAUCAAUAUGUAACAAUGACAACAACAAUCUGUAAUGCAAUUUCCUGGGAUUGCAAAAAAACAAAACAAACAAACAAACAAAAAAAGCAACCUCUUUACAUUUAAGUGAAGUGUCUUAACAUUUUAUAUAUUUGUUUUAAGAAAUAUAUUUACAUAUUAUAUAUAUAUAAUAUACGUAAUAUAAAUAUAUAUAUAUAAAUAUUGGAGGGGGGGAGAAAAUGAAAUUCUUGUUGUGUCUAGUAUAUUUGGGGGGGGGAAUGGUGUGUUUUCUUCCCUGAUUAAAUUAUGUAUGUAGCUCUUUGUGCUUUAGAAACUAUCAAGCUGGUGGUGAUGAUGCAAAUGGAGCUAGAGGGACAACCCACCUGGAAAGAGCCCAGCUGAAAUGAACUAGAGCUGGGCAAGAGAAUUACCCCACUGGGUUGUGCCUUUAAGAGUUUAGAAACCCUUCCGUUAAACUAACAUUCCGUCUCUAUGGCUUUCCAUGUCUGUUUUACAUUGUCUGUCACUUUCACGUUUCUCUUUAAGUCACUGGCAGGAAGGACAUUUGCAUUGUCCAUGUUCCCAUUGCAUCUUUCUUCUUGUUCUUGCAAUGUUUCUGUUUUGCAGCAGAAAGAGGCCGAAGGACUGAUGGAGAAGGGAGAGGUGGGUGGGGUUUGGGUGGCAAUGGCUUUAAAAACCUGUCACCAUAACAAUUGUUUUAUCUGUCAUGGCUUAUUGCCAAGGGACCUUGGGAAUUAAUUCUUUCAGGGGGAUGAACUGCUGACAGACUCCUUAGCACUUUUGAAAAAACUCAGUGUUUUCCUCCAAGGAACCCUGAACAGGAGCUAUAGUUUUUGCAAAAGUACUGAAUAGACUGUCAUAAAUUAAUUCCCCCUGAAAGGACUAUAAUGAAGUCACUGGCAAUGACUAUAAUGAAGUUCUGGUAGUAAGGAACUAGCUAGUAUUUUCUUCAAGUGUGAGCCUGCCUCAUGAAGGCACCCAUAUGGCUAAAGCCAAGUUGACUGAAUUGUUGGAACAUUAAGAGUUCUGUUAUGUUAAACACCACCAAGCUUUCCAUGUAGGGAAAAUGAAGUGAAAUGGGGAUGCUUUGUGUAAGUUGGGGGUUGUUUUGGAAGGAUUAUGAUAUGAGUAAGUGCACAUUUCCACCUUUAAAAAACAAAAAGGGAAAUCUUACCACAUCGUGACAAGUCCCCAGAGUUCUUCAGAGAUCAGUUCUGAUCAAUGCAUUCUCUUUUUACCUCAUAGAGGCAUAUUUAUAAGAACAAGUGGCCUCAGAAGAAUGUGCAGGAUUUCUCAGUUUGGGGUUAGAUUUCACCAUGAACAAAAUUAAAUAUGGCCCUUAAGACAUAUUUUCACACACUUAAAUUGGUUUAAAAGUCAUUCUUCUCUCCAGGGAAUCCAGAGGAGCUUUAAUUUUAGGAGGGCACUAGGGAUUCCUAGUGGGCCAUUCUUAACACCUCAGCAAAAUUCACAGGAUAUGAGAGAAGAAAAGGGCAGGUUUAGAAUCCUUUGGAUUAUAUGUCUAGUGGCCUGUACAUGCAAGAGAAAUGUGGAUGUGAACAUCUGCCCUAUGGCAUACCAUUGCCCUGCUGCCUAGUUGCACAGGGGGACCAAUUCAUCCAAACUGCCUCUCAACAGCAUUGCUAGCAUUUAAUCCACAAGGGCAGUUCAGAUGAAUCACACCCACACAAUUAGGCAACCAGGAGGGUGACAUGAAACCCCUACAUUCCUUCCCCACGUGAUUAGGAUGGGCUGGUUGGAGUAUUGUCUAAACUAGCCCAGUCAUGACAAUUAAAGAGAUAUAAACUGAUAUGAGUGUAUAGGUGUGUCCUUCAAGUGUCUAUUCUGUGAGGCUUCAAGGGACAAGGAGUGCCAGUUUUAAAGAUUCUGGAACGGGGCAAAUUUCCCAACAAUUGUGCCCGCCCUACAAAGAACAGGAAAUAACUUGAUGUGACCAAAGGACUUUUCAGAGUAAGCUUUACAGGUACCACCAACAGGUAGAUGAGCCAUUAGACAUGCCCGUGAUGGGUAAAUCCACAGACACACAGCAGAAACCCAAAGCUUUGUGAGGAAAAUGUAGGAUAGCUUCAGGUCACAAUCAGGGAUGUAUUGCUAGCACCACAAAAUCCAAAGCACAGUGUUUUAGAGCACAGACCAUGAAGCUAUAGGGAGAGUCAAAGACCUUACAAUACAUACGCAAGAUCCACUCUUGAUCUUCUCUAUAAUUAAUCUGGAUUAAGAGCCAUCAUUCAUUCCUCUACCUUGGAUCCAGUGUUCAUAGUCACUAAUAUGGAUUAGAAACCCCACAUCACCCACAAGCAUACAUGGGGAGGGACAAGCCACUUGCUUUUCACCCUGUAGCCAGAGUAGCCUUGAUGAGAUAUGAAUGGGUUCUCCCCUUUCUAUUCCGUUCAUGUUCCACAGGGUCACUCGGACCUAAUGUUGCACCAUAUGCCUAUUGAUUUAAUUUAGAGAAUUUCUGCAAUGCAUUAUAUUUGAUACAUGCAACUUGCCACAGUUUCUGUUUUUGCUCCCCCCCCGCCCGCCGAUAGGUCAUUGCUGUGCACAUAGGGACACUGAUCAAACCAUAGUGCCAAAAAGAAUCUUCAUGAGACUGGGUGAUUACAUCAGGAUUCCUUUUUGUGUUGUGAUUUAAGUAGUGUGCCUAUGAGCUGGUGUGCCACAGUAACCAGCAGGACAAUAAAGAGGCACAAACCGAAAAUUCUGGAAAACUGAACAAAGUCCAGAAAUCAAAACUGGAAAGUGGCUAAUUGCUGAUGCCUUAGUGCUCCAGAACCAAGAUCAGGUCAUUGAGAACCUCAAAAUCCAGAGAGAAAUUUGGAUUGGCGGGGGGAGAAUGUCAUAAGAUUCCCUAACCAACCAUAUUCCCUGUUAAGCAAUGGGGGUAACUCAACACCAAACUCCUAGAGAUGCCUAUAAAAGCUAUCCGGCAUGCAGGUUAGCACAUUAGGCAGUGUGCUUCCAGGGAGAAAGCAGCAUAUGUGGAACGUGAGGCUGCUGCCAGAGCUCUCUGGAUCAGAGCAUCUGACUGUGAGUACAAACAUAUAGUUAAGUGGGCAAUUAAUUGCUUAAAGUGAGCUUGAGUAUGUAUUCAUCAAAUACUCAAGGCCCCUUAUAGCUCCCAAGCUGUCUUUGGCAGGGCAUCAACCAGAGUAUGCCUGCACGUUAUAUCUGCUGUGUAGUCAAUCUUUCUGAAGCACAUUGGAACGGGAGUGCAAUGAACUGCCAGUUCUUUCUUAAACGAGCAUGAUAUUGGUGGGUGGGUGGUGGUGGUGGGGACGGGAAGAGGCAGCACUGUCCUGACAGGGUUACCAAGGUUAACCACCCCUGGAACUACACCAGGUCUCAUUUGCAGGGCAGAUAGAGUUGCACACUGGCAGAUUUGUGGAGACUCCAUGUACAUCUGGGCUUCACAUGCACACUUUUAUCUAGCCUGCAAAAUCCCAACGCUAGCUGGGGAUUUAUGUGUGCACAAGUAGUGCUGAGCGGGCAGGUGUCCCCCAAUAACUGGCUCCUUCCCCUGCUGCCUCCCCAUUGCUGGAUCCCUGUAGUAACUUGAAGAGAAGGCACUUUUUAUUUACUAGAUAGAGUGCUUUUCUUUGUCACCAUCACGCUUUACAUAUAAAGCAUCAACGUAUAGAACAAGCAGUUCCCCAGGGGCUCACUUCCUUUUGUGUCCAGAUUGGGAGAAUUACUAUAACAUUUUUCUUUCAGAAAUCUAACAUGUGUGCAGCGAAGCUUGCCUCCUGUAGAAAUGCACUUUGCCUCAUCUUGUUCCAUCUUGUCCCCACCUACCCCGCCAUUUUUUUCUCCUGGUGCUGCCACAGCGUCCAUGUAAUGCACAGUAUUCUGUGAGUAAAGUGUUCAGGGAAAAUGCACUUUCCAUUUAGCAAUAGAAAUUAGAGCAUUGGUUUUAUUUUAUUUUUACCGCUGGACCAAAGUGGUACUGAUUUUAUGAAAGGGGCACAUGAAUAGCGAGCCAAAAAAAAAGGGUUUUGCCAUUAUGAGGCUCAAAAUUCUAUUGCUUAUAAAUAUGACGACUGUUGAUCUAACAGCUUGAAACUGGGCAUGUGUGAUCUACUUGAUGAGGUCAACAAAUGUGCCUAAAUCCGAUAAAAGAUCCGAUAAAAAUUGCCACAGCUGCAGCCAGUUAAAAAGUGCUGAAAAUUGACCCCCUUUCGUCCAAACUGACAGGCUUGUUUAGGAGGGUUGCCUUUUAAUGGUCUGGGGACGUUUCAAGCAGCAGUUCAAAAGUUAUUAAGGUUUUCCUGCCCCCAUUAAAGCCUAUGGGAAGCCAGUGCUGGUAAAGUUAUGCAGAGUGUGACUGGUUUGAUAAUGAAGCUAGAAUGCUGACACAUUUUGCCAGUCCCCUGACAUCCGCAGGGGGAGCCAACUUGUGGAUUAUAUUGCAGGUGCAAGCAAGGCCUGUUCUGUUGGUGAUGGAAUGUGGACUCUUGUGGGGACAGAAGUGGGAGACAUAUUGGGAAAGUUAGGUGGGUAGUCAGAGCAGUGUGGGGAAGAAGCAGUGUGUGUGAUUAUUUCAGAGUAAGCCUGCCCAGGACUGCAGCAUCCUUUUCUCCCUCCCCCCCCCUUUUAUCUAUCAAGCAGAGAGCGACUCCCUCACACUUCUUCAGAAUUACCUCGACAUUUUCCUCAGUGGCCAGUAUCCUGCUGCCCAUCCCCCCUUGUCAGAAAGUUGACAGGGGAACUGCACUUCUGAGACAAGAAGGACUCAUUGGCUGAAAUGGGCAGGGCUACUUUACCUGUGACUGUUUUUUAAAAAAAAUACUAUUAUAUUUUAAAAAAAACAAAACGCUGAGGUAAUCUCAGCUACAUUUAGCCUAUUUACUGCCUAUUCACAAGCCUGUGAAAUGUACACAAAUGUACACACACACGCACACAACACAAACACAUGAUUGCACACAUGAAACAUAAAUACACAAACAUGCAUACACACAAACACGAAUACAACAUAAAUGCAGAAACAUACCCAAAUACAGACGCAAUACAUGCACAAAUAGAUGCAAUGUAGAAACGCCCAAACGCAGAAACAGACACAACACACAAACACAGAUGCAACACAGCACAAACACAUGCACCACAAACACAUGCAUACAAGAAAACUGUAGAAACACGAACACAUAUGCAACAUACACCACAAACAUACACAUGCAACACAGUACAUGAAAGCACACAAACACAUGCAUGCAACAUACAUGGAGAAACACACACAAAGGCCCAGAUGCAACACAAACACACAACAGACACAAUGCACACACAAAUGCCACACAAACACAGCCACAACACACAAACACAUAGACAUGACACAUACAUGAUGCAUGCAUGUGAUGCAAACAUGCAUGCAACAUAAAUGCAGAAACACAUAAAAUGCAGCAACACAGAUGAAGCACACAAACACACAGAGACACAAUGCAGCAUCCUCCAUACAGACAGUCACACAAAUGCAUGCCACACACAAACAGAAACACACAAACAUAUAAACUCACAUCUCACAGACACGUGCACACUCAUAAGCAAAUGCACACAACACAAACGAAUCCAUAAAAACAUUCCAGAGGUAUAGAAACACACAAGAAAACAAGCGCAUCCACACACACAAACAUAUGCAUAUGUGCCCCCACACAAAAACACAAACAUAUGGAUAUGCAACACAAGCACACACACAAAUAUAUGCACACGUGUGCAACACAAGGACACACACAGAGUAAAAGCACUCCCACCAACAAGCAGAGAGACACAGAACUGCAAACACACACACACAGCAACACAAAACAUAAAUUUCCUUUUCACAAACCAUGGAAAUGCAACGGUUAAAAAAAACCCUGCCAGUUUAGGACCAGAGUUUAGGCUAUCUCAAUCUGGCUGAAGUUCCACAAAGCUGGGAAAUUGGGACCUAAGGCUAAUGCCUUAACAGAUGUGCCACAUGAUCAGUAAUGAUGUUGUGAAAUGCCACAAAUUGUGUUUACUUAUAACUUGUCCUCCAUGCACCCACACUUUUCCCCGGUCUUUGAGGCCCAAAUCAAGAUGGGGAGGUUGGAGUGCCUGGCACCAGUAAAGAAAGAAGCCCCAUGUUGUCCUAUUCCUGUACUACCUUAAGAAGCAUCUGUACUGCUAGAGAAAUUCUCUUGCAAGUUGACCUGUUUGUUGUUUACAUUCUUAGCUUACAGUUCAACAAUUGGGAAUGGGCCCUCUUCUAGCACCUUUCAUUACCCUCAUCCUGACUCAACAGAAAGUAGGGGUGUGCACGGAACCGUUUUGGGUGGUUCGGUUCAAAUUUAAACCAAACUGCUGAUCUACGAACCGGUUCAGUCAAACCUGCCGGUGGUCCAAUCUGGUCAGUUAAACCGGUUUGACCCAGUUCGAGGGGCUAUGCUUGUAAAUGGGAAUCUGGACUCCCCUUUUCAAGCAAAGGGAGAAUCCUGCCUUUAAAAGGUUUCCAAGGGUGGCCGUGGGGUGGCAGCACCUCUAAAGCCUAGCGCUCACCCCAGCAGUGUGGCCCAUGCAACAGCGGCACAGUUCUGGCUUCCACAGAUGCGAGGACAUUUGCGUGGCGGGGGGGGGGGGGGCUCCAGUCCUCAGAAGCCUGAACAUUUCCCCAUCAGCACGCAAGCUUCCCAGGGAGCAAUUCCACACUGCGUGCCUGCCCCCUCCCCACUUCCAAGGAACUCUUCAAUCUGAGUGGGAUCUAAAAUCAACUGAGCAGACGUCAAAAAACAUGAGCGUGCGCACUUGUGCAUGCCUUAAGAGGGAACACUGGCCACCACCACCGGGACGCUACCCCGGGCAAUUGCCCCACAUUCUACUGCCUCCUAGUGGUGGGGGCAAGGAAUUCUGGCAUUGGAUUUCCAAUUUUACUGAAGCGCACAGGCCUAUCCCCAGCAUCUCCAGUUAAAAGGAUCCAGUAGCAGGUGAUGGAGAAGACCAUCCACCUGAGGCCACUGCUAUCAGAGUAGGCAAUAUCCUGGAAGGAUCUUUGCCAGCAGCACUUCUGCCCUGAGACCUUAAGUAGAGUUGCCGUGCCCACCAAAUUCCAGGUUUCACCUGGAUUUUAAGCAUCUCACCUAGAUUGCUUAGCCCACCCAGAUUCACCCUGAUUUCAGCGUUCAUUUAAAACCUUGUAGAGGUGGCAUUAUGGAGCAAAAUGUGCAGUCACUAUUCUGCUCAAAAAUUAUUUUCAAGUCAAUUUACAUAAUAUGCAAAUUAGGCACCUGGAUUUGGAAAGCCAGAAUAUGGCAACCCUAUUCGUAAGCAGCUGCUAGGCAGAGUAGACCAUACUGGACUAGACCCAGUUUAGGAUAGGCUGGUGUCACAAUCCCAACAGAGCACUGAAGAGAGUCACUAUUUGCAUGAGAUAGUAUAUACUAUACUACAAAAUUAGUGUUCCCCAACCACAUUGAUCUUGACUGUCUGAAGCAUCUUGCUUCACCAUGCUCUAACCCAGUGCUCAUAGGGCAGUGCUAUUCAGAUGGUAUCCUGGGGCUCCCUGCCAUUCCCUGGCAAUUUAUCAGGGGGCCUUUAGUGAGACGAUCCAUAAAGGUAGUCCAGCUUCCCUGAAAGGUAGCUUUCUAUUUGCCGUUGUUCGCGACAAUCCACAGCCAUUGGAACUGUUGGAUUGAUUCUAGGGCACACACUAGCAGUUCACCCAGGGUAAUGUUGAGGCCGACUAAGACCAGCUGGUGUCUCCGAUGAAUUGAAUGCCCCGUAGAACAUGCCCCCCCCCCCACAGAAGCAUUUGCAACAUGCACGGGUUCCAUGCAGGGUAGGGUGUUCCUUGGAAGCCCUGUUCAUGCAGCAAGUAGAAAGCUGGAGGCAGACAUGUCCCUGUCAUUUUGCAAUAUUUUGCUUUGUGAUGCUUGUUUGUAGGGCAAUAACCACCAAGUGCUAUUAAGUGUUGGCAUCUGUUAAUGCAGCUCUUCUUAUGUGGAAAGGGAAGAGGAAAUGCAUGUUUUCUGCCGUGUGUGUGUAGCUGAAGCCCUUUGCAUGUUAAGAGUGUUUUUGAUUUUGUUUCCUUCAUCUGCCUCAGGCUGCAAGACAAGAAUACAUGUUCACCUUUUUUGUGACAAACGGUAUUUGGGAGCACCAGAUGAUGCAGCAUUGCAGGUUCAGCUGGUGUGGACUUAAUCAGUCCCUUGAUUGGGUGUCCCACCGCACAGGAGUGGGAUACAAGGAAACUAAUGCAUAUGUUUUUUUAAAAAAACCUCAGACUAGCCCCAUCCUCUGUUUCCUAGUGUGGAUCAGCAAAAGGCUGCAGCCAUGCUGCUAUAGCUGUGUAAAAACAACGCCAGCUUGUGCCACACAGCAGCCCACCUACUGCAAGGAAUAGUGCAUAGAUAGAGCUAACCUGUAUGGGGAUAUGGUGAGGCAGGAGGCAAAAACUAGGCCUAAUUAAGGACAGCAAAACCGGGAUGGGGAUCAGAAACACCCAUGGAGACCUUCCCCUGUGCAGGUACCAUUGAAAUGCAGAGCUGGGCAAGAACAGCUCCUGCUUGUUUAGACAGGCUCUUGCACUGGAGAAUGGCCUGCCGGACUGUGUCUCCUGUUCAACCAUGUGUGGAGAGGGUGGUGUUUCGAUUUUCUGUCACAUGCACCAAAGACAUCCUGAGAUGGCACAGGGUUGCACUUGCCUUACAGGAUUGCUGGGCACAGGCCUGCUCUUUCUGUAGAGGCAAUUAUUUCCACAAGCUGAAAGACCAACAAACCACCACAAAGGACAAACAGGCCUUCUCAGCAAUGCUGCUGAAGUUGCAUUAGGGAAGACUUAGGUGGAGAGGCAAUGGUCUCAGUAGGCAAAUUUGGAUGACUUAAUUCUCUUUGAGUUCCUUCCGCUUCCCUUGUCUAAAACACAUUUCUUUUAAGUGUGUGUUAUUGAGCAUGGAAGAGAGAGAGAGAGUGUGCGAGAGAGUGUGUGUACGCAUCUGUGGAGAAAGAGAGAGAGAAUGUGUGUGUCACUGUCAUGGCAUCAUGCAACUGCAGUGUGAGCAACAAUCAUAAAGAGUUUAUAUAUAAAGCCCACACUUUAUUCCAACCUUAAUUUUAAAAGCAGUUUUAAAAAUGUACGUUACAAAGCACCAAGCUAUGCAUGUAUUUUUUGGGUGUGUGUGGGUGUGUAUGUAGAGGGGGGGAGCGAUCACCACUGCAUGCCAUGCACCUCGCUUUACUCGUUUGGAUGUUGUUUUAAGAAAAGUUUUUUAAAAAAAUUAUUUUAUUUUUUAAACAGAGCGAGAGAGAGCGAGAGAGAGAAUGAGAGAUAAACCUUUAAACACUGUGUAGGGAGGACUGAUGGGUGUUUUGUGUCUCUUUCGCAUGGAUUUUAUUGUGAACUGUUUUUUAAAAAAGGGGAAAAAGAACAACAAAAAAAGGCCAACUAUAAAUGACUGCACCAAAACUGGUUAUAAAAACAAUAGUUCGGAAAAAAACCCUGUAACUUUUGUAAAUCUUUCUGCUGCUAACUGUAGGUAGAGUUCUAUGUAUAAAUUCUAUGGAUGCCAUGUUUUCUUCUGUGACAAAUGUGAUCAUUGUUAGUCUUUUCAAAUGAAGGUUGCUUUUUUUCUUUAAUUUUCCCCUCCUUUUGUUUUCCUAUCAGAGUGUCUGACUUUAAUAAAAUACUCUUCCCCCCC